AUGGAAGAAGCUAAAAUGGCAGGAGAUUGCAACGUGAUAAAACGGAAUAGAAAAAAGACGACAACGCAUUCCAUCGGCUUUAGCAACCGCUCGCAGCACGAGGUGAACGUUUUGUUCUGUUCCACUAGUUCCACCAAACUCAACGCUGUUGUGAUGAAUGAACGGUUGAACAAAUGGUUAACAUUUGGAAAAAUAUUGUUAGUACAACAAAACAAUGAUUCGGCUGGAGGCGCGUGGGGCGGUGCGCGUGCGCGAGUGCGCUGCGGGCCGCGUGAUGCGCAGCGGCGCGCGCGUAGCUGGCGGCGCGUGGCCCGCGCCCGCGCACGCCGCGUGCGCGUGAUGCGCGCGGACCGCGCCGCGCUGCUCGCGUGGCUCGUCUGCUGCGCGACCGCGCUCUCCGCGCACAAGUACAGCACGCGCGUCGUCAGGACCAAGUACGGCCCGCUGCGCGGGAUAGUCGUGCACUCGCAUCCGCAGGUCGAGGCUUACCUCGGAGUGCCGUAUGCCACACCGCCAUUAGGUAGUCUAAGAUACAUGCCGCCUGUGACACCGUCGCAGUGGCGCACGACGCGGCUGGCGGACGCGUCGGGCCCGGCGUGCCCCCAGGUGCCGCCCGCAGCCGCGCCGCGCGACGACGCGUUGCUACUGCACCCGCGCGCGCGCAUCCGACAGCUCGAGCGAUUGCUGCCCGUACUCGCCAAUCAGAGCGAGGACUGUCUAUACGUCAACCUCUAUGUGCCGGUCAAUGGCGGCGAGGAAGGCGAAGGUGGAGGGCUUCCGUGCUUGGUGUUUGUGCAUGGAGAGUCCUACGAAUGGAGUUCGGGCAAUGCGUAUGAUGGUACCACGUUGGCGGCCAAUGGAAACAUCGUCGUGGUGACCAUUAACUUUAGGUUAGGUGUAUUGGGUUUUUUAAAGACUGGUGCUAAGGGGUCGGCGCAGGGUAACUUCGGUCUGAUGGACCUGGUGGCGGGGCUUCAUUGGCUGCGGGAGAACCUGCCUGCAUUCGGGGGCGACCCCGAGCGCGUCACGCUCAUGGGGCACGGCACGGGGGCCGCGCUAGCAAACUUCCUGGCUGUCUCGCCCGUCGCAAGGGGUAUGAACAGUUCAAUUAAUCAAUUAAAUCUCGACGAAGAACUACUGAAGCGCGUCAUCUUGUUAAGUGGGUCGGGACUGAGUUCAUGGGCGCUGCAGAGGGAACCGCUCACGAUAAAAAGAAAGGUGGCAGAACAAACGGGCUGUCACGGAGACCUGUUGGAAGACGACCUGGCGCCAUGUUUAAGGAAUAAGCCUCUAGCGGAGUUACUGGCAGUCAGGCUAGACCCACCCAGGUUUCUGCCUGGAUUCGCGCCAUUCGUCGACGGUACCGUCAUUGUAAAUCCUUCGGCACCACCUCCUACGGAUAGUUCAAGACUCGGCGCGGGCGCAGCAGCCGUUGCAAACGCAGCGGGACACGAACUCGCCGACUUCUCACAUAGAGAGCUAAUGUUCGGACUAACUACCACCGAAUCUUACCUGGAAUUUAACGCCCAAGACUUGGAGUUUGGCUUCAACGAGAGCCGACGGGAUCGCAUUCUUCGCACUUUCGUCCGGAACGCGUACUAUUACCACCUCAACGAGAUCUAUUCGACCUUGAAGAAUGAAUACACGGACUGGGACAAGCCAGUGCAGAACCCGCUCAGUGUGCGCGACGCCACGCUCGAGGUACUAAGUGAUGGAAGGACUGCAGCGCCACUAAUCAGGCUGGGCUACCUUCACGCACUUCGUGGUGGAACCACUUACUUCACACAUUUCCAUCAUCUUUCACAGGACAAGGAUUAUCCACAGCAUAACAAGCACCAAGUUGCUAUAGUAGUCGUCGACAGGGCUGCGGUUGUCAGAACGUGUCGACGCACGUGCGGUCACUCACUGAAUUGCACGAUAUCUGGCUAUACACCUGUUUGUUAUUUCGACAACCCUAGCGGCCACUUGAAUGGAGUUGUUAAUAGCACUAUACGGAGACCUGGGUCCGUCCACGGAGAGGAGCUACCGUACUAUUUGGGAGUACCUAUCUCACUGACGCAUCAUCAACAGAAUUACACGCAGCAAGAACAGCGUGUUUCAAAACUCUGCAUUCAUUACAUCUCCAAUUUCGUUCGAUAUGGGAAUCCUAAUGAUCCAUCGGCCACCCCUCCUCCGAGCCCAAUGCUGGGCGAGACUCCACGACUGGGCCCCGAUCAGACACCAUACUGGGAUACAUACGACACUAUCAACCAACUCUACAUGGAGAUCAGUAGCAAGCCGGAGAUGCGCAGUCACUACCGAGGACACAAAAUGUCGCUGUGGCUUUCCCUCAUCCCGCAGCUGCACCGGCCCGGAUCCGAUCUUCCUGACGCUGCCAUGCGACAUCAUCACUUCCAGGAAGACAAUGCUAAUUACUAUGAAGGUGCAGUCCGAGCGCAGUCGAUGUCGCGCGCCCACGUGCCACACGUGGUGGAGCUAGAAGGAGGUGCGCGAGGCGGGACACGCAGUACUGUGCCUCCUCGUGCUGCACCUCCUCGCCCUGCUCCUGCAGCUCCACCGUCCACAGAGUGCCCACCCAACGCCACGGCACCAACUGUCCAUCCAGAUGAUGCAUUACUGCGUCGUCUCGCAUCUUCGCACUACCAGUCUUACACGGCAGCACUGACCGUCACCAUUGCUGUUGGUUGUUUCCUUCUAUUGCUUAACGUCCUCAUUUUCGCUGGCAUCUACCAUCAGCGUGGUUCCCGUCCACGACGUUCCAAGGACGAUUUAGCAGAAGCAGGUAGUUCUUCCUCUUCUGAUAAUUAUGAUGGAAAACUCGAUUAUGAAGUUAGAGCAUUUGACGGCAAAGGUUUCGGAUUUGAAUGUAAGUCGGCACACGUGCCUAGAGGAGUUGGCUCCAAAUUUGAUCUUCGGACAUUGUCGGAUUGUGGUGAACCCACUUUCGGGGAGUACAGCUGUUAUGACGAGAAGCACCGAGCAGCGCGUAGUUCCAUGCCUGACGUAAGUGUGGGCAGUGCUAUCGAGGCUGGGAGCGUUGUGUGCAUCGACACACAAAAGCCUGACAUUCAGAAGGUAGAAGGUCGGCCAGGUGAUCCUGUGGGUCGUACGAGUACGUUCGAGCCGCGUGUGGUAGACAAUUCCACGCAGGUGAAGUUUGGCCCGGAUGGCGCAGAGAGCGCGGGCGACGCGGGAGCGGAGGGGGAGGGGGGCGGCAUCCUACGCGCGCCACCCGCACCCGCCGCGCCCGCGCCGCCCGGCAUCAUGAAGAAGCGGGUGCAGAUACAGGAGAUAUCCGUAUGA